AUGUCAUCCUCUGUUCACUUCAAGUUCAAGUCUCAAAAAGAGCCCUCAAGGGUAACUUUUGAUGGCACCGGUAUCUCUGUCUUCGAAUUGAAACGAGAAAUUAUCAAUCAGAGUAGACUGGGUGAUGGGACUGACUUCGAGCUGUCUAUAUACAAUGAAGAUACUGGAGAAGAAUACGACGAUGACACCAGCAUAAUACCACGUUCCACGUCCGUCAUAGCUCGGAGACUACCUGCAUCUCGUCCAGGGAAGGGUGGUGCUGCUCGUUAUGUUUCUGGGAAGAUGCCGGUCAAUGCACGCAGUGCACCCCGUAAUGAUCAGCUUCCGUUAAAUCGAGCAGCUCCCAAUACUAGCUAUCCUGUCAGCAAUGGCGUUUUAGAGCUCAAUAAUGCCCAGACAGAAGAGGAGAAGAUCAACGCAUUGUUUACCCUGCAAGCCAACCAAUGGAAAGAACAGCAGCAAGAGAUGGCAAAUGCUACGCCUGUUCCAUUCGGCCGUGGAAGGGGCAGACCUUUGAACGUUCCUGACCACCCCCCUCCUCCGGGGUACCUCUGUUACCGCUGUCGCGAGAAAGGCCACUGGAUCCAAGCUUGUCCUACAAAUAACGACCCCAAGUUUGAUGGGAAGUACAGAGUAAAGCGAUCAACUGGAAUACCUCGCUCACUCCAAACCAAAGUCGAGAAGCCAGAGUCCCUCACCCUGGACGGAUCAAAUGAAGAUCCAAGAAACACAGGCGUCAUGGUCAAUGCUGAUGGUGACUUUGUUAUUGCUAAACCUGAUAAGGCAGCUUGGGAGUUGUACCAAGAGAAGGCCAAAGCCUCUGCGGCAGCGGCGGCUGAAGCAGCAGCAGUGGAGUACAGCAAAGAACUACAAGCACGUGGUUUGGAGUGUCCGAUUGACAAGCGAAUGUUUCUAGAGCCUACAAGAACACCAUGCUGCCGAACGACAUACUGCAAUGAUUGUAUUACCAAUGCAUUGAUCGAGAGUGAUUUCGUAUGCCCUGGCUGUGGCACGGAGGGAGUACUACUUGACAACCUUUCCUUUGACGAUGAAGCUAGCACCAAGAUUAAAGAGUAUGAGGUCGAGAAAGCGGAUUCAAAGAAGGAGAAGGAGAAGCAGCCGACAGUCGAGAAUUGCCAGUCCAAAGACAAAUUAGUCGUCUCAGCUGGAGGCUCUGUUGCAACACAAGAGCCCUCGUCACCAAUUUCGGCUACUCAACCUGCCCCUUCAAACAAAAGACCCGCAGAGGAUGAAUCCCCUCAUGCUGCUCCUGGUGCAUCAAGUCCUAGUCUGUUAUGCAAGAAACCGAAAACAGACGGGAAGGUCGGUGAACAAAGCGCCCAGAUCAACGGGUCAGCGACCGGAUUUUCAACGUUCCCUUUCGGCCAGCAGAUGCCGUUUGGGGGGUUUGGAUUUAUGCAGAACCAGGGCAUGCCUGUGAUGCCAUUGACUGAUCCUAGCUAUACCAACGAGAGAAUGGGAUUUAUGAAUAUUAUGGGAGUGCCUUCAUCUAAUGGGUUCUCACCUAACAUGGACCAGGCGUGGAAUCCCAUGAAUGCUAUGAAUUUCAGUCAUGCUCAAGGACUGUAUGGUGAGAGUGUCAACGGUUAUUCAGCACCGAGUAUCUAUAAUGGUGUUGGGGAGCCGUCCAUGAAUAUGUUCCACAUGCCCCAAAUGGUGGGAAUUCAGCCAAAUUCUGGUCUUCCACAAGGUUCCGGGGUAGGCCGCUUCUCAAACCAACAGCGAACGGCGUUUAGUACGCCCUUUGCCAGAGAAGAAGACACAGCAUAUUUUCGACAACCUGUUAACCCACAAAGACACCAAGCGAGACACCGGAGAAUAAGGCCAAGCGAUUAUCGAGAGCUAUGA